AUGUCUGCCGAAAUAAAUUCAAUUUCUAAUUCAGUUGAAGAGUCACCACCGGCUCUUCCACCAAGAAGAAAAUCAAAUUCAAACAAUUCAAAAGAAAAUCAUUCAAUGAAUAGUACUAAAAACAUUAAAAUAGAUUUAGAUGAUAAAGUUUCACAAAUUUUGGCCAUUAGACAAUAUGAACUAUGUAAUUUACCUCAAUUAAAUGAAAUAUCUGAUUUAUUUUCAAUUACUAAUGUUGAUGAACAAAAGUUAAAACAAGAUUUGAAACAAUAUAAAUUAAAUGAAAGUCUGUUCGAUAACGAAACAUUUUGGAUCAAAUAUUUAGAUGAUUUGAAAAAUGACUGGUUAAGAAAAAAAGAAAUUGACGAAUUUGAAUCUGAGAUCAUAAAAGGGAUACCGGAUAAUUUGAGAUAUUUGGUGUACAUAAAAUCAUUACAAAUUAGAUAUAAAUUGAGUAAUAAGUCAUCAUUUGAAACUUUGACCAAUGAAUCUAAAUUCUACAGGCAGGAUUUAGACGCAAUACAAAACUUGAGUCCCAGGGCCAAAAGUGUGUUGGCUGUUUACCGAUAUUUUAAGAACAAAAACUUGAAUUCCAAAGAGAUGGAUAUUCAAACAUAUAAUGAAGAUUCAACUUUGAAUAGUCUCAUAACUGGUUUUUGCGAUUUACUUUCAAAUGUUUCUGAAUUAGCUGAAGAGGAUUUGUUUUACUUUUUAUUAAAAAUUGAAAAAAUGUAUGAACAUCUUAAUAAGGAUGAGCUUCAUUAUAAGAUUAAUCGAUCAUUAGAGGUGGAAGACACUAAACUUUUUGAGCAUAUAACUUCACAAGGCGUAAAUUUAUUUCAUUCAUAUAAUUCAAUAAUUAUUAACUUGUUUAAUAAUAAUUAUUUCGAUAGGGUAGAAAUUUUCAAAAUUUUUGACUUUAUUAUAUUGGAAGGUUUUGACUUUGUUAUAAAGAUAAUAUUAUACUUAUUCAAAAUGAAUAAAGAAAAAUUAGCUAAUGUUAGUGGUGACGAGUUAAUGGAAUAUAUGAGAUCAAAAGACUUUUUAAAUAAUGAAUUUGACUUUCAACAGAUUGUACAACAAGAAUUUCAGCUUAUAAAGUUCGAGAAUGAGUUUUAUUUGAUUAGUGCAAAUUCUUUGAAUAAUAAUAAUAAUGAGUUAAUGAAAUUAAAAGAGAUUAAUCAGGAUUUGAAAUUGAAAAUUGAGGAUUUAAACAAUAAGAUAAAUAAUCUACAGAUUACUCAUGAUGAAAUAUCAGUUCAAAGUAAAGAUUAUACAGAAAACUUAGACAAAGCUAAGGCAGAAAAUGCUGAACUACAAAGCUUGAAAAAAGAGCUUGAUCUAAAAUAUGAACAAUUAACAAUGAAGGAAAAUUUGAAUAAUACCAUUAAAGCUAAUAAAGAAUUUUCGGAAAGAAACUCUGAACUUGAACAACAAAUUAAUGGAGCUAAUAAUUCAAUAAAGGAAUUAAAGUCGAAGCUAGCUAAGAAAAAGAGUGUUUAG